AUGGCUUCUUCUUCUUCGAGAACUGGGUUUCUCUCAUUCUUGUUUGCUUUCUUAUUGCUCUGCUCGCUUUCGUUUUCUAUUGAUGUUUCGCAUGAUGGAAGAGCAAUCACGAUUACGAUUGACGGAGAACUCAGAAUCCUAAUAUCCGGUUCUAUUCAUUAUCCUCGAAGCACUCCUGAAAUGUGGUCAUGGUUGAUCAGAAAGGCAAAAGAGGGUGGGAUAGACACAAUUGAGACUUACAUUUUCUGGAGUGCCCACGAUCACGAACCUCUUUAUCGUCAGUAUGACUUCUCAGGAAAUCGUGGCAUCGUGAGGUUUAUUAAAACCAUCCAAAGUGAAGGACUUUAUGCCGUUCUUAGGAUUGGGCCAUACGUUUGUGCAGAGUGGAAUUACGGGUUUGGUAUCAAUUUCUUUGCCUCACAACGAAAAUUGUGGACAAGGCAUGAGAAUCUCUUUGCCUCACAAGGUGGAUCCAUAAUUAUUGCUCAAAUCGAAAACGAGUAUGGGAACAUUAUGACUCAUGAGCAGUAUGGAGAAGGUGGAAAAGAAUAUGUCAAGUGGUGUGCUGAUUUGGCUGAAUCCUACGGCAUUGGUAUUCCAUGGAUUAUGUGCCAACAGCCGGAUGCUCCCCCUCCAAUGAUUAAUACUUGCAAUGGAUGGUAUUGUGACCAAUUCAAGCCUAACAGCCCCAAUAGCCCUAAAAUGUGGCCUGAGAAUUGGAGUGCCUGUAUCAAAGGGUGGGGUCUAACGGACGCACACAGAGCUGCUGAAGAUAUUGCUUAUGCUGCUGCACGUUUUUUCCAAUUUGGUGGCACUUUCCAGAACUAUUACAUGUACCAUGGUGGCACAAAUUUUGAUCGCUCAGCAGGGGGCCCAUAUAUCACUACAUCCUAUAAUUAUGAUGCACCAUUAGAUAAAUAUGGUAAUUUGAACCAGCCGAAGUGGGGACAUUUAAAGCAACUCCAUGCCGUUCUGAAAUCGAUGGAGAAGGUUCUAACUCACGGUUCUAAUUAUGGAGGAGACUUUGAUUUAGUGCCGAUUGGCAUUUCUGGUCCUGUUCAUGUGACUGCGAAAACAACUUUUGCAGCUCCACUGGGGAGUGAUCCAGUGGUGGUGGAUUUGAACGGUCUGGGAAAGGGACAUGCUUGGGUAAAUGGGCACAGCCUUGGAAGGUAUUGGCCAAGCAUCCUUGCUAGAGAAGAUGCCUCAUGUACUCCAACAUGUGACUAUCGUGGACCAUACAUGAUUGACAGCAAGUGCUCCACUCAUUGUGCGAGACCUUCUCAACGAUGGUACCAUGUGCCACGAUCUUUUCUCAACGACGACAAUAACACGUUGAUUUUGUUUGAAGAGUUUGGAGGAAAUCCUUGGAAUGUUAAAAUCCGGACAGUUACUGUUGGUGCCUGUGCAAAUGCUUAUGAAGGGAACACUUUGGAAUUAUCAUGCCAAGGAGAAAGUGUUGUCUCCCAAGUCAAAUUUGCUAGUUUUGGUGAACCAAAGGGUGAUUGUGGUUCUUUCCAAGCUGGCCAAUGCGAGUCUCCUAAUGCUUUGUCCGUCGUCCAAAAGGCGUGUGUUGGCCAACAGAGUUGUUCCAUUGAUGUUUCGGAAAGUAAUCUUGGAUCUACUGGUUGCCAAGGCAGCAAAAGCCUUGCCGUUGAAGUUGUUUGUGAGGGAUUCUUUUAUUUCUUCGAAUUUAUCUUUCCUAGGUCUAGAUUUUAUUUAUUCAUUGUAACUUGUUAUCCAUACAGAGGAUUAACUUGUUAUUGA